UAACCUCAAUUUUACGUCAACUGGGAAGGACCGUCGAAUAAGUUGAAUUUACGUGAAGACAGACAGUUUGUAAAUAAUAUACUUUGUUAUUUUAAAGAGCAGAUAACCAUGGAACUGAACGAUCAGGCCAUACAAUUUUUCCCCGCUAUUCUGCAGGACAAUAUCAAGUAUCUUUUGUUGAAUUCAAUAGGAUUAUCGUCUCUGUCGUUUGAUGAAAUCGACAUAAUACACAACAGAGAUGUGGAUCCCUUCCAUUUCAUAUUUAGAAUACCAUAUGCUGGUAAAAACCUGAACUGGGAUGUGCUUUUUAACCCGAGUGAUAUGGAGUUUGCUCCUGACUUUGACUUUAAUGAUAAUCAGUUCCUGGCCAAUGCAGAUGUUGAGUUUAUUCAGAAGAAUGUUCCAUCCUGGAAUAAAUGGAAUGUUUAUAGAAAAAGUGCCCUCAGAGAUCUCCUUAAUGAGUACCUAGUUUUGUACAAAAAAUAUCAAGUUGACAAACUAAGAAGCAUCAGUGUGCAUAGCAAGUUCAAAAGGGAUUUUGACUUGUUAACUAAAAAAAAAAGUAUGCCCCUUAAAAAAUUUGAAGUGUCUGUUACCGAUUCUUAUAUAGACUUGUUAAUAAGAAUAGAUAUUGAUUAUACAGGUAUUCCAGUGGACAUAAAUCCCAAUUCUAAUUAUAAACAAAUGAAUGAAAGUUAUAUUAAUUUGAAAUUAUCAUAUACUCCAAGUAAUAAAGUAACAUCAAGUUUGGUGAUGUCACCAUGUAUUGAAUUAAUUCUAGGCAAUGAUAAAACACUUAAUUUGCCAGCUAAAAGGGACAAAACCCUACCUGAAUACUUAGAAGAAAUUCAGCUAUUAUUAGGAAAUCUUAUUAAGACAAAGAUUUCAAAUGAUAAAAAUCGAAAAUUAUUCAUGUGUAAUAUCAUUAUUGAUAAUGAAAAACAUAUUGUUAAUUAUGAUACACUCUAUUUAUUGAAUGUUCGUUUGGUUUAUGUCAUAAAUGAAAACGAAUAUUUAAUUGACAUUAUUACUGAUAGAGAUUUUCCACAAAAGAAACCUCGUAUAAUUUUACAUUUUAAUUGCAAUAGGAUAGAUUGUAAAACAGAAAUUUCUAAUUUGCAAUGGAAUGCAAACUUAGAGGUUGAGGAGAUGUAUAAUAACAUAAAAAAUUGCCUUGAACAAGAAGUGGCCAGAGCCUAUCUGAGACAUAAACAUUAAUCCCUUUGUAAAUACUAAUUUUAACUUAUGUUUUAAGAAUUUAUGUUCCUAAGUAUUUGUUUUAUAUGAAUAAAUUUUAUUUUAAUUUUUA